ACCGUCCGGUCCGCCGCCAGCCCGCACCUCCGCGCCGCCGCCAAGCAUUCUGUGCGCGGCGCUCCGAGAAUCCAGAAUGGGGCUUCGGGCGCUGGGCGCGCUCCGAACCCGGCGCCCGUAAGAGCCGAGGAGCGCCGGGAGCCGCCCUGCUGCCCGGAGCCCCCGCGCCUAGAACGAGGAGAUGUUGGAAGCGCCGCCGCCUGUUCCGGGAAGAGCCGCCGCCCCCGGGAUCCCUGGGCAUGGAGCGCGCCCGGGCCACCACCGCUUGGAGAAGACGGCGCCCCCUUCGCCCGACCCGCGCGUCCCAGACCGCGCAGCCUGAGCCUCUCGGAGGCCUCAGGGCCAAAGCCGCUCCGCCGCCGGUGCCCCCUCGGAAAUCAUGACCCCCGGCGCGCGCCCAUGGAGCCAUGGCCUAUAGGGUCCUGGGCCGUGCGGGGCCACCUCAGCCGCGGAGGGCGCGCAGGCUGCUCUUCGCCUUCACGCUCUCGCUCUCCUGCACUUACCUGUGUUACAGCCUCUUGUGCUGCUGCGACGACCUCGGACAGAGCCGCCUGCUUGGCGCGCCUAGCUGCCUCCGCGGCCCCAGGGCGGGCGGCCAGAAACUUCUCCAGAAGUCCCGCCCCUGUGAGCCUCUGAGGCCUACGCCCAACGAGCCCAGCGCUUCCAGCGCGCCCGCCGCCGCCGUGCCCCCCCCUCGCCUCUCCGGUUCCAACCACUCUGGCUCACCGAAGCUGGGCACGAAGCGGCUGCCCCAAGCGCUCAUUGUGGGCGUGAAGAAGGGGGGCACCCGGGCUGUGCUGGAGUUUAUCCGGGUGCACCCUGACGUGCGGGCCUUGGGUACAGAGCCCCACUUCUUCGACAGGAACUACGGCCGCGGGCUGGACUGGUACAGGAGCCUCAUGCCCAGGACCCUCAAGAGCCAGAUCACUCUGGAGAAGACGCCCAGCUAUUUCGUCACUCAAGAGGCCCCUCGACGGAUCUUCAACAUGUCUCGAGACACCAAGUUGAUUGUGGUCGUGCGGAAUCCCGUGACCCGGGCCAUCUCCGAUUAUACCCAGACGCUCUCCAAGAAGCCCGACAUUCCUACCUUUGAGGGCCUUUCCUUCCGCAACCGCACACUAGGCUUGGUGGACGUGUCCUGGAACGCCAUCCGCAUUGGCAUGUACGCACUGCACCUGGAGAGCUGGCUGCAGUACUUCCCCCUGGCGCAGAUCCACUUCGUCAGUGGCGAGCGGCUCAUCACCGACCCAGCCGGCGAGAUGGGGCGAGUGCAGGACUUCCUGGGCAUCAAGAGGUUCAUCACCGACAAGCACUUCUACUUCAACAAGACCAAAGGCUUCCCUUGCUUGAAAAAACCAGAAUCGAGCCUUCUGCCUCGAUGCCUGGGCAAAUCGAAAGGGAGAACUCAUGUACAGAUAGAUCCUGAAGUGAUAGACCAGCUCCGGGAAUUUUAUAGACCUUAUAAUAUUAAAUUUUAUGAAACUGUUGGGCAGGACUUCAGGUGGGAAUAAGCCAAGGAGAUACAAAGGUUCUUCUCUUAUACGAGGUUUGCUGUCAGAGCUGUGGUCUUCUUUCCCCUACAAUCCUGGGCUGCAGCCCCCUUCCCCAUCUUGGGUCCCAUCACCCUGGAACAGGGAAGCCCAGCUAAGGCCAAGAGACUCAGGGGUCUCUGCCACUAGCUCUCCCCAGUCUGUCAAGGCAAAGUUGAUCUGCUUCUGGCAUGUUGGGUUAAUUUCAGAAUCAUUGUUCCUUCAGCCCAUAAGAGGUCUUGGGCAAUUGCCUUCAGGAGAGUGGAUCUUCCAAUGAUGAUAGAUACUUUAAGUGGUGACAGUUCUGUUGCUAUGAACACAGCAGUCUGUCCCUGUCUCUGUCCACUCUGGAGUGGGCAUGUUAAUUCCACACGGCAUGUCCCUCCCCUCUGAGCUUAACUUUCCUGAGUGGUCAUGGGUGGUGGGGUGGGCGACCAUCCUCAGUCCUCAGACCUUAGCAGCUCGUGCAGAGCAGGACGCACCCCCUGGCCGCUUCUAGGAGACAGACCCUUUGAUGAUGAAAUGAACCAGUAAAUUCAAAGCCUUUGGUCUAAACUGUGCUUGGAGGACACUGUCUUUGAAAACCACUUUGUGACUCUCCUGCUCCCUGUGGACAAAAGCACACAUUCUGCUGUUACGGGUACUUUCCUCACGCAAGCUUUCAUGCUCAGCAUGCAACGGAAUCAUGCUUCUCCAUGUGAAAUAAAUAUGGCUCUCUCGUGUCCUU